GUGGACGUUUAGUACAGUGAUGCAUUCAAGAACUCCUAAUUACAUGGUAGUUUGAAGGUUAAGAGACUUUUAUGUUCGCUCAAUACUUCCGGACAGGAAAUCACGGCUAUCCCGGUGAACAAUGCUUAAACCAAACAUUUGUUUAAAUAAUGUUCAGUUACUAGCUAUGAUGUACCGACAUGUAGCUGCCUAGGUAACGCCUCCAUGUUCUAAAGUACAACUAACGUCAGGUGAGCUCGUGUGUGUGCGAGUUCACCGGGUCUAAGUCUAAUUUACCGGAGACUUUUUGCAGUUUUCCCACCAACAGUAGGUUACUCUCUGCGGUAACAUUAGCGGUAUUCUAUAAAGGUGUAUUUCCUACAAGAAGCAAAAUGAGUGGAAGUAGAGAAACAACCGAGGACACCCCCAGAGCUUCAGUUCCCACCGAGGCUAACGUUACAGAGCAACCGAAGAAGAUGAACAUUAUUUACAUUGUUUACCUCAUCUCUGCUUUGGAUAUAACUUGGAUGUUUUUACAGUUUUCUGUCACCCCGUAUUUGGCAAAGAAACUUGGUUUCGAUACCUUGUGGUUUGGUUAUUUACAAACCAUGGUAGGUAUAAUCCAGCUGAUUGGGGGUCCUCUGUUUGGAAGGUUUGCAGAUAUCUUCGGAGCACGAGCAGCUUUGUCUCUGGCGUGUUCUUCAACUGUUGUUUUCUUUCUGCUGCUGGCCAUAGCAGAGAGUCCUGCCAUGCUGUUCCUUCACAAGCUCCCCACAGUCUUCAUGCAUGUUCUACCUGCAUCUCAGAUGGUCGUUGCAGACCUUUCAGAACCAGAAAAACGGGCAGAUGCUUUAUCCAAAAUAGGUCUGUGUUUUGGCAUCGGUAUGAUAGCCGGCUCCACGUUGGGCGGCCAUCUUAACACACGCUACGGGGAAACGUUUACUGCAUGUUUUGGUGCUGUGGGGAGUGCCUUCAGUUUACUGCUGGUUUUAAAGUUUAUCCCAAAAACUACCAAAGCUCAAGCUCCAGAAACCAACACAGACAGUGAGAACAAAAGCAAGUCAAUAUUCAACUUGGGAGAGAUCAUAAGACUGAUGAAGUUUCCAGGUGUUAAGCAGACUUUUGUGGUGAAGAUAGUUGCAGGUUUGCCAUCAGGCAUUUUCCAAGUGAUGUUCUCCAUCAUUGCAUUGGACUUCUUCAAGCUGAAACCUGAGCAGAACGGCUAUCUGAUGGCUUAUUUUGGCAUCGUGUCAAUGGUUCUUCAGGGAGGAGUGAUCGGUCGGCUGACAGCAAGAUACUCUGAGAACUCGCUGCUGCUUUUGUCCAUCGCGGUGUCUUCUCUGGUGGGACUGGCUCAGGCUUACAUGCAGAAUGUGUUCCAGUUCUGCCUCAUCGUCAUCCCCAUGAUGUUUUCUCUCAGUACGUUUAAUGUCAUCACAGACAGCAUGCUCACCAAGACCGUACCGUCCUCUGACACAGGCACGAUGCUGGGACUGUGCGCAUCCGUCCAAUCUCUGCUUCGCACAGUCGGACCGACUGCUGGCGGCUUCCUGUAUGUGAACUACGGCAUUUCCUCGAUAGGCUUAAUCCAGUUUGUUGUGAAUAUUGCUGUGUUUGUCCACCUUCUGCAGCGUCGCCUCAAGAAGACAGCCGAGCAAAAAGAAUGAAACUGCUUAUUUAAAAAAAAAAGGUUAUUUUUUUAUCUCCAAUUUGUCAACAAACUGAUAGAGCAGAUGGAAAUUCAAGGGUUGAAUUUUAGGAACAAUGAUGAGAGAAGGUCAAGUCUUUUCACUUCAUUAUUCAGAUUUUGUUUCUGUGGUUGAGAUUCACGACUAAACCUCUAGAUGGCAGCAAGUCGUCCAUUUUACCAAAUAAUGCUUUUUGUUCCAGGGUUCAUGAUUCACAUUCACAUUAGUUACACUUUAAAAUCCGUUUACAGAUAUUGUGAUUUUAUUAAACAUAAGCAAAAAUGAUUGGAUAUUAGACCAAUCAACAGAACUCUUUAUCAACAAAGUUAUAUCAGAACUAUUUUUAAUGAAAGUUUAUUUUCUUAUUUGUUAUUGAACCUUUAAAACAAAUAUUUUAUUUUUGUAAAUGAAUUAAUUUAAAGGCGGUAAUGCAUUCCAGACUUCCCUUUGCAAGUCACUUCAUCUUAAAGAGCUGCUGCUUGGACUCACUUGAGAGUUUCAUGUAUUAUCCUGUAUCGUCAAACAGGGAGUGACCUCGGUGUGUGUGGUAUCUCUGGUUCUGCUGCUCGCCUUCUUCAGUCGACUGGUGUAGAUUGUGUCGAGGUUUGGGAGCUGCUUUAUACUAUAUACUUCCACUGCAUUUAUCUGGCAACUAAAGUUAGCUAAUAGUUGCUUUUCAGAUACAUUUUUACAUCGUAGACAUGGGAUGAGCUUUUAAAAACAGCAAGUUGUAAACCAAUGGUUCCCCUUUACAAAAGAUCUGUGUCUAGUUGACGCUCCUUGUCACGUUUCAGAUGUCUCAGAGUUUUUAGCUGUUCCUCCAAAGACAGAUUCCCCUUUAAACUUUGUUUUUUCUUCUUUCCUCCCCAAGAAUCAUCUCAUGUCCCCUCAGAUUUAUCUUGUGACUCUUUAGAGGGGCCGGACCCCUAUGUUGGGAACCACUAAACUACCUAACUGUAAAUAAAGUACAGUAGAUAUACUACUUCCACCAACAGUAACAUGCAUAACAAUCUAAUAAUGUAAUCUAUAAUAAUCUAUCAGGGACAGGGAGUAUUCCUCUGAAGAAUGAUUGCUUUCACUUAAGUAGGAAUUUAAAUGGAGGACUUGUUGUAUUGGUACUUUUACAUAAAUAAAGGAUCUAAUUACUCCCCAACAGUCAACAACGCUAAUAUGUAUUAACACAUAUUAAAUCACCAGUGCAGAAAAACAAAUGACGUACUGUGUGUAUAAUAAAGUAAUCCUCACAUCACA